AGUGGGGAUACGGACAAUCUGUUGGACAAUCUGCUUUCGCGUAUGGAGCAGUACGCAAAUAACCUGGAGGAUCUUGUAGCUGAACGUACCGACCAGUACCUCGUUGAGAAGAGGAAGGUGGAGGAACUCCUCUAUUCCAUUCUGCCAAAAUCGGUGGCCAGCCAACUGAUUCGAAAGCAGCCAGUCAAAGCUGAGAGUUUCGAAUCUGUCACUAUAUACUUCAGCGACAUCGUCGAAUUUACCUCUCUCUCGGCCGAUUCAACUGCCAUCCAGGUAGUAGAACUGCUGAAUCAGCUGUACACCCUCUUCGACUCCAUCAUCGUGCGUUUCGACGUGUAUAAAGUGGAGACGAUUGGAGACGCUUAUAUGGUCGCCUCAGGCCUGCCUCAGCGUAACGGCAACCAGCACGCCAAGGAGGUGGCCCGUAUGGCUAUAGAGUUUCUCAAGUCUAUGUCCACCUUCAUCAUUCCCCAUCGACCUGACAGGGAGCUCAAACUUCGCAUUGGCAUCCACUCCGGUAUGUAUGCGGCACUAGGCUCCUCAUUUCCUUUUGAGCUUAAUGAAACUUCGGUUUCGAUACUAUCCAAGACUUCGUUGAAUUUGCUUGUCUCUGGGCCGCGUCCGGGGGAUUAUGGGCAUCCUCCAAAUAUUUUCGUUCAUUCCACCAGAUUUGCUAUUCCUCGUCUAUUUCGUAACCUUUCCACUCCUGUUAGUAUCCUUGUAGCAUAUGGGGUCCAACUUCGUGAACUGUGAAGUGGAGGUCCAUCGGUUUCCUUUAAUUCGUUUCCACGCGAACCUUUAGGUCCUGUCUGCGCUGGUGUAGUAGGAGUAAAGAUGCCGCGGUACUGUCUCUUUGGUGACACUGUUAACACCUCCUCGCGCAUGGAAAGCAACGGCGAACCCAAGCGCAUCCACAUUAGCCGUACAACCAUGUCCAUUCUACGUACUUUUGGCACCUUCAUUAUGUCGAAACGCGGACUCGUAGAAAUGAAAGGUAAGGGGAAGAUGGAAACGUACUGGUUGCACGGUGAGUAUCGAAACAUUGUCGAUCCACCGUCACAAGGAACGGUGUUGGUGGACAACAGCUCUGAUCUGGUCACCGAAACUCCCCUUCCAUCGGGUGGUGGAGGUGGCAUUGUCGAUUUAUCUCCUCCUCAUCCACUUCAAACUACCCCCACGUCGACAAACGUGACUCCGCGGGCGGCAACUAACGGCGUAGAAUCCCGUCUUAUUGCCAACACCCCUCCACAAACUUCUACAGCUACCCCCAUGACGGCACCAGUGGCUUCGACCAAGAUCACCUCUUCCAAUACCAUCCCCACCGCCAACAACUCUCCCACUUCACAAACGGGUUCAUCGCCGACAGGUCUCAUUAGUGCGGUCUAA